CUUCUUUUACUACCGUUAAGUCCGCUGUAUAGGCCGCACGUGUCCACGCCAUAAAAUGGCAAAUUGUGACAUGACGAGUCCGUGAGGACCAGGCAGCUCUUUAUUUAACAGGAGCCAAUCAUGAGCUGUGAAAAAAGUCGCAACAAGCUUGUCAACCCAUUGGAAAUUGCAGGAGGUCAUUACUUAAUAUAACAGGCUGACUCACGGUGUCAUCUUACAAACAACAGUAAUCUCAUCACACAUCAACUUAACACCCAAAAGAUAUACAUCAGAAAUGUACAAACAUGUACCAAUAGGCGUAUGAAAUAAAAAAAACAUUUAAAAGUUUUCCCAUAAUGCAUUUUGUCUGAGCGAAGCAUUUCAUUGGAGGGCAAGCAGUAUAGAAAAUGGUGGAUGGUGCUGUAAUGCUACCUCUGUCCACCAGAGAGAGCCAGAGGACCCGCAGCCCAGAGCGAGGCAGAUAUCACUGCAGCUCAACAAUGAAUGUGUUGCUCUGACACAAUGCAUUAUGGGAAAACCUUUAAAAUAGUUGUUUUUUUCAUUUCAGGCUUGUAUUGGUACAUGUUUGUAUAUUUCCGAGGUAUACCUUUUGAGUGUUAAGUUGCUGUGUGAUGAGUUUAGUGUUGUUAGUAAAGUUUUCUUAGUCAGAUGACGCCAUGAUAUUAUACUGUCACAUCUAAUGACCUCCAAAGAUCAAAACUUGACGUGCGCGAUACUACAGAUUUUGGUAUCGAUUCGAUACCAAGUCAUUCAUGUAAUGUUAUUUAUUUGCUAUGUGUUGUAACUACAGUAUAUGAAACAAAGACAAGCCCAGUGUAAGCCUUCACAAUAAAAGCUCUGUUUUAUACAUCAUGUCUCACUGCACCAGAAAAAAACCCCACCUUCCAACAACAAAUCAAAGAAAAAACAAAAAAUGAAUACAGUCUCACCGUUUGGUACGAGGCUGGGGUUUGUUUUCGUUGCUCGUUGUGUAAGCGACAGGCAGUGUGCUAGCAUGAAUUAACGUCACAGCGACAAAAAACAAAACAAAACUAUCAGUCAAGCAGUCAUAAUACGUCAUCAGAGCUCACCUUUAUUCGUUCACACACAGCGUCAGCAUUUGGGGGCAAUGAUAGACUGGGAAAAAUAUACAGGAAGUCUACUUGUGGCAGCAUCAGAGAAAGUUAGACUUUCACUUUGCCACGGAGCACACAACUAUGUUGCAUUCAAGGACCGCUGGAAAUAAAUGCUUGGUAAUGGUAAUGGUUUCAUUUCUUUUGGACAUGCAUACAACAUUGGAAUACAUCACAUAGAACGACAGUUCUACAUGCCCCAAAAGAAGCAAUGUUUAUUUAAUCCCACCCUCCCCCCAUCCGUUUCACAUCAAUUGCACUACAUUUGUUUUCCACUGCGCAACGCAUGGACCGGUACCGACGUGCGACCCAGUGGUUGGGGACCCCUGCUAUCAGGAAACGCACAGAAAAACUUUUAAUGUCAAAUUUAAAUUCAUGCUAAAAUUGCCAAAUUCUAGUUGUAGCACAGGGCCAUUGAUAAUAUAGUGGUUCACUUCUGCCUUUGACGGAGCUGGGGUGAGGUCACCGUAAUGCUCUAGUCACAGUCUCUUUGCCUCAAGUCAGAUGGAAUAAACCCCAAUGCCUGCCGUGACCCUACACCAGAUUAGCUGUAUAAACACUGAAUGCAAGCUGACUGAAAUGAUGUGCUCGGAAUCCCCUUGCUUAGACGGGGAGGAACAUGGAACACCUGAACCCCUGAACACCUGUAAGUUUGCUUUUGAGUCAGGACCUGAAUUAUUCAACAUUUUUCUGCUACUUUUUGUGUUUUUUGUUUUGAUAACGGCAGCUGUAAGUUCAUGUACAGUCCAGCCACCUUUUCACGCAACUGACGAAAAUCCGCGAGUACUUGACACACAACCUCGGAACCCUGGUGCCAUUCUUCACUUGCAACACAAUCCAGGUUUAAUCUGUGAAUAUGCCACCCACACUCAUUAAACUCACGUAGAGCAUAAACUGUAUAGGUACUCCCCACUAAUGAAUGAUAAUGUCAGCUGACUAAUGAACAGAUGGAUUUAUUAAGUUGUGGCAGCGUCAGAGAAAGUUAUUUAUGUUCCACUUUCGCUCAGCAGCACACAACUAUGGUGCGUUCAAGGACCGCCUAACCUAACCUGGUGAAAAAACCUCAUCAGUGAAGCAUAAAGACAUGUAGUGACCGAAAGGACGGGUACAAGCGGCUGUGAGUUUCCGCUGUGAGUUGGCUGAGCUCUCCCUUAGAGAUAAGGCGAGAAGUGUCCGGGAAAAACUCGGAGUGGAAUCGCUGCUCCUGCGCAUUGAGAGGAGCCAGACGAGGUGGCCUCCCUUCGGAGGUGUUCAGGGCACGUCCGACCGUGAGAAGACACAUUAGAGAGACUAUGUGUCGUUAGAGAGACUAUGUCCCUCAACUGGCCUGGGAAUGCCUCAGAAUCCGCCGGGAGAAGCUGGACGAGGUGGCCGGGGAGAGGGAUGGCUUCCCAGCUUAGGGUGCUGACCCCGCGACCCCACCUCGGAUCAGCAGUAGAAGACUGGAUGGAUGGGUGGACGGCAUAAAGACAUAAUUAUGUAAAAAGUGUGGGCUGGUGCAUGCAUGGCGUACAUUUUGCCUCUAUCAAUUCUUAUUAACUUGCAGUGAUAGAGAUGCGCUUCCUGUGGGAAAAAAAUUAACUAUUUUCAGACAAAAAAAAUUAAAAAUUGAUGAAAGAUCCGCAAAUCUGUGGGCUCGCAAUUGCUGAAUGGCGAUUGUGCGGGGAUCCACUCUACACGGUGCCGAUGUUCGCCAAUGAUGCUGGCACUCAUUGCAACGUGAGUACAUUUCCAUCACGUCCAAUUACAUCAGGACAUUUCCAUUCAAAUGAAAUGAUGCAGAAUCUGAAUGAAACUCUGAGUUGAUGGCUCGUUCAGAGAAUCAGGCAGGAUUGUCGUGGUUUGAUCUCCAUCAGCUAAUCUCUAUUCUGUAGCUGUUUUUUUUGUCUCUGUACCGAUGAUUGACCUUUGAUAAUUGAUUACACUGCUCAUAGCAAUGCUGGGUCAGAGCGCAAAUCCCACAUGAUGGCAUGUUCUCAUGGAAUUACUGGCUGGAAAUCUAGAAAUGAAUAAAGAUACAGCCCAUUUCUAACAAGCCCAGGUUUCAGUGCAUAAAAAGAUGAAGCGCAUUUCUACGUCUUCCUUGAGGCAACUUGCAUUCUUUAUGAUAAGGAUGCUUGCUGGGAGCCAAGGAGCAGCAGCCAGCACCCAGGGCAGAUGUUAACUACAGCAUUAUAGAUCCCAACCUUCACUAAGCCCCUCUCAGCAGCUCAGGACCCUAGGCUGAAAAUAGAGCAUCAGGCUAGAGGAUGACAUUGGUUCCAGGAUAACAGCAACUUGUGGCCUCGCCAGGGAGGAGUAGAUUUAGCUAAAUGGUGUGUUUCUACCCACCCUCCAUAUGUGCUGCACUGUGACUGCACAUGCUUCCAGAAUCACGUCCACUGUUCUGUACACUGAACAUCUGCUCUAAGCCAGUGCAGGAGAUGUCUCAGCAUUCCUUUACUCAGGGUACCUCACACAUGGCUCGCACAUGGAGGUAUGUGCCAUAUGCCUCCCCAGACCAUCACUGACCCACCACCAAAUUGGUCAUGUUGGAGGUUGUUGCAGGCAACAGUUGUCCAUGGUGUCUUUGUGUGAAUCUGGAGGACGAGGCUCCUGUGGCGAAUGUGCCAAUCCUGGUGCUCUCUGGCAAAUGCCAAUCAGGCUGCGUAGUGUUGGGCUGUCAACACAGGUCCCAUUUGUGGAUGUGGGGCCCUCAUACCACCCUAAUGGAGCCUUUUUAUUACAGUUCCUUCUGAACCUUAGGCACUGAUCAUGUAAGCUAUUUUCUACUUGCACAAUUAAGCCUCCUGAGACCUGAGCUUUUGUCUGCCUUGCAUCUUUUAUUUCUCCUUGAUUUUUGGGAUAAGGACCUAAUAAACAUAACUAAACUUCAUCUUUGUACAGGAAGUAGUUUUAGAAAAAAAUGAUGUCUUUAUAUGUGGGCAGUCAGAUUAUCAAUACAUUAAAAUCAAUUAUUUGCUGUUCUCUCAAAAAUCAACGUCCUCUUAUGACGACCAUGGGUUUAUUUUACUGUCUAACAAAGACCAUAAACCAGAUUAUUAGAUCUAUUGCCAGGUGGCGGAAGGUGUCAGUUCUCGACCGUGUCCCUCCAGGAAAACCUCUGGGGUGUACUCCAGAAGUAUUGGGUAUCUGACUGCCUAGAUCGGGCGGUUUGCGCCCUGUAUGACCAGGACCUGGACUCCAAAGCUGUCAGUUGUCACAGGUGGUGUUCAUGACCGUUGUGAACAGAAUUUCUAGGCGCAGCCAGGGCGGUGACGGGAUCCGGCUGCAGCAUUGAGUGUCUACUUUUUGCAGAUGAUGUGGGCCUGCUGGCUUCAUCAGAACGUGAUCUUCAGCUCUGAGAACCGGAGUACAUGGGUCUCGCCCGGAAAAGCGUGGAGUGCCCUGCCCCAAAUGGAAGAGUUGAACUACCUUGGGUUCUACUUCGUGAUGAGGGAAGGAUGGAACGCGAGAUUGACAGGCAGAUUGGUGCAGUGAUGAAAACUCUCCAUCGGUCUGUCUUGGUGAAGAGGGAGUUGAGCUGAAAGGCAAAGCUCUCAGUUUACCAGUCAAGCUACGUUGCAACCCUCAUCGAUGGUCAUGAGCUUUGGGCGGUGACCGAAACGACAAGAUGGCGGGUACAAAUGGCCGAAAUGAGUUUCCUCUGUAGGGUGGCUGGGCUCUCCCAUAGAGAUAAGGUGAGAAGCUCUGUCAGCAGGGAGGAACUCGGAGUAAAACCGCUGCUCCUCUGCAUUGAGAGGAGCCAGAUGAGGUGGCCUCGGCAUCUCGUCAGGAUGGCGACCGGACGACUCCCUGGGGAGGUGUUCAGGGCACGUCUGACUGGCAGGAAACCUCAAGGACAACCCAGGACACGUUGGGUCCCCGGGAGGAGCUAAACAAAGUAGUCGGAGAGAGGGAAGUCCGUGCUUCUCUGCUUAGGCCGCUACCCCCACGAUGCUGUCUCCGGACAAGCGGAAGAAGAUGGAUGGAUUUUGAAACUAAUAUAUACAGGCGACAAAGUAAAAACACGAGUUUUAGGUUGUUUACGCCAAUGUUUAUGCACUUGUGGAUGUUGUGGCUAACACUCAUUCUCUGUACCACUCGCCAGAUUAUUAUUAUAAAAUAUUGAAUAUUUAGACGUGUUAACUUUUCUAAAUAUUUCAAAAUGUGUUUAACCACAGGAAUAAACAAAUGCACCACCUAAAAUAAGUAUUUAAAACGAUCAAAUCAAUGAAAUAUUCACAAGCUUGGCAAACUGCAUGGCACCGUCAAUCACGUUACAUAAUCCCAAUGUCCUAAAACAUUUACAGACAUUGCAGUUUGCCACCACAGUCAUCCCUUGUUUAUCGCAGUUAACUGGUUCCUGACUCCACCGCCAUGAAUGAAUCUGCACAAUAUAGGAUUCACUUUUAAUAAAUGGAAUAUUUUCAGAGUUAGAGCAGGUUAGAGCCCUGUAGACACACAAUAACACAACUAUAGUCACCUUUACAGUCCUAUUUUUCUUUGUUUACAACACAUUGUGCAACUCUUAUGCUGCAGGGACUCGAGACGCCCGUGAGCUAGCAAACUAAGCUAGCGAGCUAACCAGUUAGCCUAGAAUUUAUUUCUUCUAAACUUAAGAAGGCAAAAAAACUUACCGCUUCCACACAAAAUGGAAGUUUUUUUUCCACUCUGUCAUGUGGGACAGUCAUGGCUUCAUGCGGUGUUAAGGUAAUGUCAAGUAAGCUAAUGUCUCAUCAAUGUUUUGUGUCAUCACUGCCACCUAGUGACUAGUAAUGUGACUAACUCACGCCACUGGCCACAAGUGAGUCAAACCCGGCAGUAGAAGACAUUUCAUUGCAGUUUGUGGUCUGUCAUUGUUCUGCAUGAGAAAACUUGAGCUGGAUGGGGUUAACAGAGAACAGCAAACUGCACACCAGAAUUAAAUAUAUUGUAUGGCUUACAGCUGAGAAACGCUAACCUUUUUCUUGUCCCUUGAUCUCUGUCUCUCCCUCUGUGCUUAACGUAAUUUGACUAAAACCCCUCUAAUCCUUCCAGAUAAUCUGUGAAAUGGUUCUCUCGCUCCUCUCCGCUUCUCCCUUCACUACCCCUUGUGUCUACCUUUCUCUCCACGUGGCUCCAGAGGGCCCACUGUUAAGCCACGCGUAGGGGCCGGCAUUAACAGGGUCAGCGUUGAAACUGUCCACAUAAACUGUGUCAUUAAAGAUGUGGUACGCCCAUAAAUUAAUCUUCUCAUCUAUUUUCCCCUUCAAACAAAUGCUUUUACAGCCGUGGUUCCGACCAUCUGUAUUUCACUAUGAUGCCAUGUUCUCAGCGCAAACCACGCGCAGAGUUAUCUGCUUCCUGGAAUUACUGAGAGAUGAAUACUCUCUAUGAUAGUCCAAUUUUUGGAUGUUAAUCCCUGCAGUGUGUCAGCUCUCUUUUUAGAGGCCUCCACUGAAGUGAGUACAGUCGUCCCUCGCCACGUCGCCGUUCAAAUUUCACGACUUCACCCUAUCACAGUUGUCCCAAAAUAUAUUAAUGAAUAAAUCAUGCUGUUUUGUGGUUGAAUGUGGCCUGUUAUUAGUCAAACAUAUUGUGUACAACUUAAAGGGAUAGUUGUAUGACAUCCCCAAAAGCAGUGUAGUGCAUCAACAGUGACUUACACCCCGCUUUGUUCCGUAAGCCGAGUUCUGGCCGGAUUUUGGCGAGGAGGAACGUAGUUGUGGUUACUUGCUGGAGUCACUUAAGUAAAAAGUUUGGCUUCUCAAAACAAUAGGCUUUCAAAAGUGUCAUACAUUUGCAUCAUAAAACCAUUGCUAACAAAAAAGUCAGCCCUCUCAGUCGCUUGGCGUUGUUUUCUGUGUGUUCCACAGUCUUUACAUGCGCCUCUUCCUCCAACGGGCGAGAGCGCACAGUGAUACGAACGAAUGGAGAGGCACAAUAAUAGCAUAAUAAUCCUAAUAAUAACAACACACUCCACUCCAGCUAAAACUCAACUUUUAAUCCCCAAUGUCACUUCCUGGAACAUAUUUACUGCAACUGCAAGUCUUAUUUAUGUCUUAAAUGCCUUAUUUUCUCAUAUAAUGUCUACUAUAGUGGGUAAUAGGAGUGUAAAGGUGACUGUGGGGGCGCUAUUUCAUGUCUAGAGGGCUCUAAUAAUGCUAAAACCGUAUAACUACAAAAAUAUUUGAUUUAUAAAUAAGGAAUCCUAUUACAUGAAAACUGACUUGUCACGGUCCGGUGUGGAACCGAUUAACUGUGAUAAACGAGGGGUAUUCAUAUAUUGUCAAAUAUUCAUCCUUGUCAUGCGUGGUUGCCCCACCCUCUCUGAGGCCCUCCCAUUGCCUUAUUGGGUCUUCUUAGGUGUUUCACAUCAGUAGUUACUACCUGCCUUAUAUGACAAGUACUACAAACCUGCUGACUAAAAACCUAACAAGGGGGUCAAAAUGUAAAGUUGAGGUGCAGUCAAAGCUUGCAGUGUUCAAUCACCACGCCAUAAAAACACAUGUAAAAACACAAUGGACAAUGUUAAGUUCAUGAAAAAUAGUGGCCAAACAUUCAUGUCAGUGAUAACAGACGUGAUGGUUGGACACCACCUGAUUUUUAGAUUUCAUUACAUGCCGCUAAUAAACCUAAUAAUGCUUUAUUCACAUGGCUUGCUAGCUUCUUGCUUUGCAGCCGGUGUGUGCUACAAGUAAAACAGAAGGCGUUCAGGGCGCUUCCCAUGCUAACCCACAAGCGUGAUGGAGGACACAAAAUGAUAACAUUUGCUAUGGACUUUCCACCGUUCCUGUACUGUGUCACUAUUGUCUGUGUAGCAGGAAUUGUGUGCGUAUUGCAGCGUGGCUGAAGGAUCUGCAGGGUGGGAGGAUGGAAUUUGGUUUGGUAGAGGUGGAGUUGGGUGUUAUCUGCAAAGGAAUGGACAUGGAUGUUGUAUUUAUGGGGGAUAUUGCCGAAAGGGAGAAGGUAGGUGAUGAAAAGCAGGGGUCCUAGGACAGAGCCUUGAGGCACGCCUGAAGUGACGGGGGAGGACUGGGAUCAGUGGGACUUGAGCUGAAUGAACUGAGAGCGACCAAAAGGUUCCUUUAUAUCAUCACUGUACCUCAGCAAUUUAACAGUUACAACCAAGGAAUUUCCAUUUCACCUGCAACUAACAAUUCCAAACUAUACAGAGGAGAAGAUCCUUGUAAAGCUCUCUGCAGGUUCAGAGGUUCUAGUUUUGCAGUCUGGUGCCAGUUACUUGUCUUUGUCUACCGAACACUUCCUGUCCUUUGACCUGCCUUUCUGGACUGACCUUUUGUGUAGCAACCCACAUCUGCCGAUUAAACUCACUUGUGAUGUGACCGCCUCUGAGUCUCCCUUCCUGAGUCACCUGAAGACACGACACUUUGGUACAAUGUAAAGGAGUCAGUGUACAGCUUGUAUCAGAGUGUAAAUUUGCUGUCCCCUGAAAAGAAUUCAACUUAGCCAUUAAUGUCUAAACUUCUGGCAACAAAAGGGACUGCACCCUGAAGUGAAAAUGUUGACAUUACUCGAGCGUCUCAGAAUCCUUUUCCACUCUUUCAUGACGUCAUCACGGAGCUGGUGGACGUUAGACACCUUGCACUCCUUCACCGUCCCUUUGAGGAUGCCCCACAGGUGCUCUCAGGGGGUUUAGAUCUGGAGACAUGCUUGGUCAGUCCAUCGCCUUUACGCUCAGCUCCUGUAGGAAGGCAGUGGUGGUCUUGGAGGUGUGUUAUCAUGUUGGAAUACUGCCCUGGGGCCCAGUUCCCGAAGGGAUGGGAUCACGCUCUGCUUCAGUAUGUCACAACAUUUUUACUUAUGGGCAUACUCGCUUUUGUUGCUAGCAAUUAAGACAUUCGUGGCUGUGUGAUGAGUUAUUUUGAUGGGACAGUGAAUUUAUACAUCCGUCCAUCCAUCCUAUGCCGCUUGUCCUCACUAGGGUUGCAGGGGUAUGCUGGAGCCUAUCCCAGCAGACAUUGGGCAAGAGGUCGCUGCACAUAUAUCAAGUUUAUUAAGAUGUACACUGACCACUUCAUAUUGUAUGAAAGUGUUGUUUCUUCAAUGUUGUCUCAUGAAAUAUGUGUUUAGUUCAGCUGGUAGCUGUUAGCUGCUUCCUGCGUAUGUUUCGUGCCUUCUGUGUGUGUUCUUGCCAUGUGUCACAUGUCUCGUCAUAUAUUCCUUUUUUCUGCUCUGCAACCCUCAUUAUGAAGUACUUUUACCUGCACUUCGUUUUUGUCUCUGCAUCUUGGGGUCGAGCAUUAAACCAGAAUGUGACAGAAUGCUCCAACCAGAUAGUGACCUCGCAGAGUUCGGCUACUGGGACCAGCUGUUCCUCAAGGCGAUGGAGGCUGAGUGAGCACAGUUCACGCCGGAGGAGCUGGAGAUGAUGGUGUAGGGACCUGACGGACGAAGCUGUGGCCUCAUGCUGUUCCCAAGUGCUGGCCCAGGGUCCAGCCUACUUGGCCCUGCUCAUCACCUGCACAAGUUCUGGUGACAGUGUAACACCAGGGUUGUCUCAACCCUCACUCUUGCACCACGUCUCUUCAAGCUUCUGACACCCCCAGAGCCUGAACCUUGUCAGCUUCCAUCGCCCCGGUGCCCACUCCAGGUUGCCAUGUCGUCUCAAGCUUCCAGCUUCUUGUCAGCCCCCGUCACCUCUGGUUUCUACUCCACGCUAGUUCAAGGCCGGGGCCAAACUUCCUCAAAUCCCGGCACUACAUCUUAAGCCACCACUUGGUCCGGCCGGGGUGUCAGAGCGGGAUGGACCUUUAACCCUCCCCCAAGCCUCCCUCCACCCUUCCCUGGUUCCUGUUUUGGCAGUAUGGGACGUCUGGAAUCCAUCCCUUGAGUGGGGGGGGGCUAUGGCCAGUUGUGCAUCCCCAGUCACACAGCGACUUCCCUUCGGUUUCUCCACGGCAGCCCAAGGUCCACCUGCUCUUUCGUCGCCUCCAUGCCAGGCCGACAACAAGUUGCAUCCUGCUCCGCCUUCACGUCAGGCAGAGGACAAGUCGCUCCCUGCUCCUGUCCCGGCUCAGCCCACGCGCCAGCCGCAAGGUUCCAUGUGACAGUAGGCAAACACAGGCUGGGGCUCCGAGAUUUCCAGGGGCACCCAAAUGUCUUCCAUUUUAAAAGGACAUAUUACUUUUUUAGUAUUGAUUCACGUGCUUCAAACGACGUCAGAAUGCAUAAUCUAUCAGGUUGGAGAAAAGUGAUGUGGAGUGGAGAAGAGGAGAAGGCGAGGGGGAAACAAACACUUUUUUCAAUCAAAAGUACCGAAAGUAGGCAGCUUGACAGCAGCACAGCCGAGAAGAAUGCGUUUUAGGGAUGACGCUGAGAGUGAUGCUUUUCAUCACAAAGAUAUCCCUCAGAUCAGCUAUGCCUCCACUGCCCCAGAGCUCAGCGACAACAGCCGCUACGAGUUCUUCUCUCGCGUGGUGCCUCCAGACUCCUACCAGGCCCAGGCCAUGGUGGACAUCGUCAAAGCCAUGGGUUGGAACUACGUCUCAACAAUAGCAUCGGAAGGCAACUACGGAGAGAGCGGUGUCGAUGCUUUCCUGCAGAUAUCCAGAGAAGCAGGAGGGCUGUGCAUUGCUCAAUCCAUAAAGAUUCCCAGAGAGCCCAGACCUGGAGAGUUUGAAAAAAUCAUCAAGAGACUGAUGGAGACGUCCAACGCUCGUGGGGUCAUCAUCUUUGCCAAUGAGGACGACAUCAAGCGGGUGUUGCAAGCUGCCAAAAAGGCCAACCUGACCGGCCACUUCCUGUUCGUCGGCUCUGACAGCUGGGGAGCCAAGAGUUCCCCCAUCCAAGACCAGGAGGAAGUGGCGGAGGGUGCCGUCACUAUCUUGCCGAAAAGAGCGUCUAUUGACGGAUUUGACGAGUACUUCACGACAAGAUCUCUGGAAAACAACAGAAGGAACAUCUGGUUUGCUGAAUUUUGGGAGGACGACUUCAAGUGUAAAUUGACUCGGCCCGGCAUCAAAUACGAAGCCGGGAGAAGGAAAUGCACAGGCGAGGAAAGAAUAAGUCGAGACUCUCAGUACGAACAAGAAGGGAAGGUGCAGUUUGUGAUAGACGCGGUCUACGCCAUGGCCCACGCCUUGCACAGCAUGCACCUGGACCUGUGUCCUGGCUCCAUGGGUGUUUGCGACAAGAUGGACCCCGUGGAGGGAAGGAUGCUCCUCCAAUACAUACGCUCUGUCAAUUUCAAUGGAAGUGCAGGAACUGGUGUGAUGUUCAAUGAGAACGGAGACGCUCCUGGACGUUACGACAUCUUCCAGUACCAGCUUUCCAAUGUCAGCUACCCUGGCUACAAGGUUAUUGGCCAAUGGACAAACCACCUCCGGCUCAAUCCAGAGGAAAUGCAGUGGUCAGGCGGUGACCGCAAGAUCCCAGAGUCCGUAUGCAGCUUCCCCUGCGAGUCCGGCGAGAGGAAAAAGAUGGUGAAGGGCGUUCCCUGCUGCUGGCACUGCGAGCUCUGCGACGGCUACCAGUAUCUGCUGGACGAGUUCAGCUGCGACAUGUGCCCCUUCGAUAUGAGACCCUUAAAGAACCGUACAGGAUGCCGGGCCACGCCCAUCAUCAAGCUGGAGUGGAGCUCUCCCUGGGCUAUAAUCCCCGUCUUCCUGGCAAUCCUUGGCAUCCUGGCCACCACGGGGGUCAUCGUUACAUUCAUCCGCUUCAACGACACCCCCAUUGUUCGGGCCUCCGGCAGAGAACUCAGCUAUGUGCUGCUAACGGGCAUCUUCCUCAUCUACCUCAUUACCUUCCUGAUGAUUGCGGAGCCCAGUGUGGUGGUGUGCGCCUUCCGCAGGUUGCUGCUGGGGCUCGGCAUGUGCAUCAGCUACGCUGCCAUGUUGACCAAAACCAACCGGAUCUAUCGCAUCUUUGAACAAGGCAAAAAGUCGGUCACACCUCCCAAGUUCAUCAGUCCGACUUCUCAACUUAUUAUCACCUUCAUCCUCAUCUCGGUGCAGGUGCUGGGUGUGUUCAUUUGGUUUGGCGUGAUGCCCCCUCACACCAUCAUCGACUACGAAGAGCAGAAGCCGCCCAAUCCCGAGUUUGCGCGAGGGGUUCUCAAAUGUGACAUGUCCGACCUGUCCCUCAUCCUGUGUCUGAGCUACAGUCUGGUCCUGAUGAUCACCUGCACGGUGUACGCCAUCAAAAGCAGGGGCGUCCCUGAGACCUUCAACGAGGCCAAGCCCAUCGGCUUCACCAUGUACACCACGUGCAUCAUCUGGCUGGCCUUUGUGCCCAUCUUCUUUGGCACCGCACAAUCUACUGAGAAGAUGUUCAUCCAGACCACCACCCUGACAGUGUCCAUGAGUCUGAGCGCAACCGUGUCCCUGGGCAUGCUGUACGUCCCCAAAGUCUACGUCAUCAUCUUCCACCCGGAGCAGAACGUCCAGAAGCGAAAGCGUAGCUUCAAAGCUGUGGUGCAGGCGGCCACCGUGUCCACGCACCUCUCCCAGAAAUCCAAUGACAAACAGAACGGCGAGUCCAAGAUUGAACCGGACAGAUCACAGUAAAGGAGGUCUGUUUAUUCAUCACGGAACAUGACGAGGCCCCUCACGCACAUGACCAGAAAAGAUAGAAAGCAUUUAUCUCGGGCGGUUUCUUCCCCCACCUUUUUAAAUAUGACACCAGCAAGAACGGUUCCAGUGGGGAACGUUGCACUAAAGGGAACGUGAAUGCUCACCUUGAUCAACUUUUAAUGGAAUCACAGAAGGACUGGCGGGCGAUGUGAACAAACUUAAAAAAAACACUGCAAAAAAUGUUUUUUUAAAUGUAUAAUGCCAAUUUUAUAUACACUUCAGCUUGUCAAGGAGGUGUUAUUUGUCAUUUUAAUGACAAAUAUGGCGACGAUGGCGCUAUGUGGCGACCUAUGACCCAUGGAAAGACGUGCAUGCGGCUGACGAGCCAUAUUAUUUAAGCACUGCAUGGAUUUUGUGUUGUGGUUAUUUGGAUUCAUUGCUUGUAUGGGGGAAGCGUUGCUUUCACAGCGUUUGUUUCACUGGGUGUCGUUUUUAACCGUACUACUAAAAACUGAUGAACAAACAGUCCUUGUUUAAUUCAUGUAAAAAUAAGAAGAAGAAGAAGAAGAAAGACGUCAGUCUGUCUGUCUUUGGGACAAUGACCAGCACAGCCCAACCCAAAGUGGCGCCCUAGGUGACAUUUUAUAUGGUGCCCCCUCCCCAUCGGCGAUUUACGUACGACGACAAAGGAAGUUGAGUAACCGUUUGUAAGAUAAGAUGUCACCCCGUUUACAUGGUUAACACAUUACAAACCAAUACUAAAAAAUACUAACCUCUCCCUAAGUGAAUAAAUACUAAAAGUAAUGAAGCACAAGUACAACAAUCAACAUCAAAGUAUUUACACUACACAGUUUACACACAAUAACUCUAUAUACUGUAACUCUAUAUACAAUCCAUAACUCUAUAUACUGUAACUCUAUAUACACCAAUAACUCCAUAUACAUCCAUAACUCUAUAUACUGUAACUCUAUAUACACACAAUAACUCUAUAUACAAUCAAUAACUCUAUAUACUGUAACUCUAUAUACACCAAUAACUCUAUAUACAUCCAUAACUCUACAUACUGUAACUCUAUAUACAAUCCAUAACUCUACAUACUGUAACUCUAUAUACAAUCAAUAACUCUAUAUACUGUAACUCUAUAUACAUCAAUAACUCUAUAUACAUCCAUAACUCUAUAUACUGUAACUCUAUAUAUAAUCAAUAACUCUACAUACUGUAACUCUAUAUAAAAUCAAUAACUCUAUAUACAAUCCAUAACUCUAUAUAUAAUCAAUAACUCUACAUACUGUAACUCUAUAUAAAAUCAAUAACUCUAUAUACAAUCCAUAACUCUAUAUAUAAUCAAUAACUCUACAUACUGUAACUCUAUAUAAAAUCAAUAACUCUAUGCAAUCGUCCCUCGCGUCUUCUCGCUUGGCGUUUCAAGGCAUCAUCGAUCACGGUUUUCCCAAAUAAAUUCAUUCAAAAAAUAAUGUGGUGGUUCGUCGCUGCUUUGCCUUUGAAUACGGCCUAUGAGACAAAAUAUGCACACGUCAGCGGCUUGAAUUUGGCCUAAAUUUAGACCUGCAUUUAGUUUAAUUGGGGUGGCCAGGGUGAGACCAUCACUCACAUAGGGGUGGCAAUAAGUUGAUACCUGAAUUGUCUAGAUGGCCGGUGGGGUGGCCACGCCCACCCUGUAGCUCGGCCACUGCUUUUGGAGCGUCUGUUAGAGCAGGUAAUAGCUGAGCAGUGUGCCGAGGACAUGUUUUCAAUGCAGUUUGUGGAUUCUGCUCACCAACAUGGCGGCCAAACCCGCGCAGGGCAUACUAUGGAAGUGGACGCCGAUCGGCACUCCUGUUUUGGCUUAUAUGCCCACUCAUGCUGCUACAGAGAGCUUCCAUUAUUAACGGGUUUAAAUGCUGAAUCACGCUUCAGAGUUUAAGUCAAAGUCAACAUGGUGAGAAAACUUGACCGGAACUGAACAAAGUAACAUGGAAAACUUACCUACCGCUUGCAGUUCAUGCAAGACGCGCUUUUAUUGACAGCUCCUCCACACGGGAAGUUGUGUGCUGCACUGAAAUGCGUCCAAGCGGAAACGGCGGUUAUGCUGAACUAAUGUUCUGCACCACAGAGUCACGUUUGUCAAAAUUGACCCCCAGCCUUGGGAGUGGCCAAGGGUGGCUAUCCAUCCAUCCAUCCAUUUUCUAUACCGCUUCUCCUCUUUAGGGUCGUGAGGGCAUGCUGGAACCUAUCCCAGCUGACUUUGGGCGACAGGCGGGGUACACCCUGGACUGGUGUCCAGCCAAUGGCAGGGCACAUAUAGACAAACACUCACAUUCAUACCUAUGGACCAUUUAGAGUCUCCAAUGAAGCUAACAUGCAUGUUUUUGGAAUGUGGGAGGAAACCGGAGUACCCGGAGAAAACCCCCCCACACACGGGGAGAACAUGCAAACUCUACACUGAAAUGUAUUUAUUUAUUCUCCAGGGGAGAAUGGAGCCCACAUCUUCCCGAUCUCCAGACUGGGACUGUGUGGCCAACAUGCUAACCACUGUCUAGAUCAGGGGUGGGCAAACUUUUCGGGCCGGGGGCCACAUUGACUUUUAAAAUUUGACAGACGGGCCGGGUCAGCACAAGAUACGAUACAUAUAAAAAAAACUGCAUUUGUUAACAGUACAUAUGAAACAUAACCAGAAAAAAGAAUUAAAAGUAUUAACAUCCAUUAGCUUGGAAAAUAAAACCAGCUUGGCUUUGAAGGCUCUGACGUUGGCUUGCAUUUCAUCCCUUGUAGCUGCACAUUCAGCUCGUUCAUGGGCGCCAGGAUGUCCACAGUAAAAGCUAAAUCACAAAGCCAAACUGUGUCAUUCAGCUCAGGAAAUGUGUCAGUAUUCUCAAGUAGCUCCAAAAACCAAAUCAUCUCCCGUUUGAGGUCCCACACACGUUGACAUACUUUUCCCAAACUUCAGUGUAGAAACAUGACCUCCUGCUCAGGGUUUCCUCUUUCACCUGUCCUGAAUUCUCUUGAGCAUCCCGACGUUUUUUCCUGUCACAUUUGGCGAUCCAUCUGUGGUAACGUUGGCGAGCGAGUAGAAGAGCGGUAAUUGGAAAUGGCUCUCUCAAGUCACUGCGCCUGCAGUGCCACCUGGUGUUGAAAUGCCGUCAUUACAAGUCAAAAUGAAAUGAAUGCAAUCAUUCACAUGAAACCUUAAUUCUGUACAAUCUUCGGCGGGCCGGAUUAAAAAGAAGAACGGGCCGGAUCUGGCCUGCGGGCCGUAGUUUGCCCACCUCUGGUCUAGAUUGUCUAUAUUAUUAUUAUACAAACGGGUACAAUAACAAUAAUAAAACAAUAAUCAACACAAUAACAAUCAUAAUUACACAAGCUACUGUUGCGUCCAAUUCACUCCAAACUAAAACCCAACUCUGAACCCCUGACGUCACUUCCUGUCCAUCCACAUUUAUUGCAACACACACAAGCACAGGUCUUAUAGCGUUGUUUUCUCUGCUUACAGUAGGUCUCCCAUAUUGGGGAGACCUACAGGUUAUCUAUGCUAACUCCGAAAACAUUUGGUUUGUAAAUAAGGAAUCACGGUCAGGUCUGUAACCAAUUAACCACGAUAAGCGAGGGACAAACGUAUAAGCUACUGUACAUUUACACUAUGUAAUAACUACACACAGAAACUAGAUACAAAAGCUAUAUAACAAACUUCUAUACAGCUACAUGGAAAAAUAUGGCCACUGUUAUCAUGUGUCGUAAUAAAUGGGCACUGCUUUACAUUUCAAAUCAACGUGAGCAUUCCCACCAUUUUUAACAUAAUAUCUUGAAUGUGAAUUAUUGUCCCCUGACUUUUAGCGUCCCCUGGAGGCCACAGCGCCUGCUGUAAAGAAUAUGAUCCGAUGAUCAGCAUACACGAGUCACCAGUUACCUUGACGACGAAAACAAUGCUUCUAAAACACGUUCUGUGAUGACAGAACCCCCCCAAACUGGAAGACAAUGGCAGCUUCAGUUUAUUGAAGGUCAAACUGUGUAUGGUUAUAAAGCAGGAAUAAGGAGAGUUCUAAAACUUAAAAGCGAAUGAGCAUUUCUUUAUCCCCAGCAGUACAAGCACAAACAUUGUGCAUACCGCCCCCUGUUGGACAGCUCACCGCAGUGAAACGUGGAAGAAGACGCCAUAUCAUUAAUAAAAAGAAUAAUCUUUAUUAUCCCAGUUGGUUUAGGGUUACAAAAAAAAUACGUUGACUACAAUACAACACACUUCAAAUCUAUGCAAAAAAAGGUGCUAAUUUAAAUAAUAAAAAAAAAAAACAUGAAGUGGUCGGCCAUUAAUUUUUAAAUAGAUCAUUGAGAAAGUGUCCUGUUUGGGGAUGAAGGACCAAAACUAAUACCAGACACUUGACAAGCUGCAUCCUGCCAUGCGACUUCCUCAUUCAAGGAAGCUGUCCAGAGUCAGGCAGGUUGGCGUCUUGGGUGGAGGCCUGCUCACCUUUUUCCUUUUAGCUUUCAUCAGUGGGCGAAUCUCUGCCAGUGGUGACUGCGUGGGGGAGUGCGGUAAAGGAACAAAUGCAAAUGUGCUUCCAUGCUUUUGCCCCAUUGAGAUUACAAAAUAGCAAUAUUUCGGAUAUCUUAGGAAUCGAGUAUUCUGACAUUUUUUUGGAUUAAUCGACUAAUUGGAAAAAACAUUUUUGCUUGGUGGAAGUGCAGUUAUAGAUACACAAGAGAAAAUAAAAAUAACUAAUGAAUGAUCAGUUGGUAGAACUUUUGUAGAUAAUCAAGCGUUUUAUUUGUUAAAUUGACAUUGUGCAUAGGAACAAAGUGUAUUUUCUUGGGUCUGAUGGACUACAUGAUGGAGCUUUGAUAGAUGAAUUUAUCCAUCUCAGACUAGCUAUUUACUGCUAUUUACUGUUAGCAUGUUGGCCAAUACAGUAACAGCCUGGACAUCGGGAAGACCUGGGUUGGAUUCUCCCCUGGGCAUUUCUGUGUGGAGUUUGCAUGUUCUCCCCGUGUGCGCGUGGGUUUUCUCCGGGUACUCCGGUUUCCUCCCACAGGUGAGGUUAAUUGGUGACUCUAAAUUGUCCAUAGGUAUGAAUGUGAGUGUGAAUGGUU